AUGAUAUAUAUUCAAGCAAAGAGAUUUGAAAACAGCAUUCCUCUUUCAACGGUCUAUCAAACUUUGUGCUGGAUAUUUUCUGGAGUUUUGUUAUUAUUACCCUUUGCAUACUCGAGAAAAUUAAGCAGCCGUUUGAUGGCUAUAAAUACGUCAAUAGUUAACUUCUAUCUGUUAUUAUCAGUAUCGCAUGAAGGUCUUUUUGUAGUAACAUUAAUAUUUAAUAUCACCUGCUGGAUGAUUAUCGAGUUUCAAUUACUUAACUCGGGAGAUAUCCAGAUAACAGAUUACUCCUUCGGAAGAGAAAGCGAAGAAAUUUCGGAAAGGUUAACAUUGAUAGAACGGGGCCUUAGCAGUAAUGAUUUUCGAAGGGCGUUCUUUUUUACAUCAUAUAUUAUUUUAGCGUUCUUCGGCACAGGCAACAUUGCUUCAUUAAAUUCAUUCGAAGUCAGAUGGGUCAUGUGUUUUACUACUUCGUAUAAACCAUUCGUUAUUACUGCUCUUAUAUUGUUAAAAACCUUGGCGCCUUUUUUAUGCGUCGGUUGUACGUUCAGGGCCGUUCAACAUGUCACAAAGGCACCGGCAGGUUACUUAAAUGUUAUUGUCCUUAUAUAUUCUAAUUUAAUGGGAAUACAGCUGCUGUACAAUGUGAAAAACACCGGGAGCUGGUUAGAAAUCGGCUCAUCAAUAUCGCAAUUUGUUAUUGUUCAAGUUAUUACAUUAUUCAUCGUUAUAAUUAAUCAAAUUGCUAAAAUUCUAACUGAGACAGAUGCAUACAGAUUAACUGAAAGUAUUUUGAAAAAUAGGAAGAAAUAUGUG